GCAAGACGAAAACAAUAAUUCCGGAAAAUCUUAAAUCAGUAAAUACUGAAAAUACAGAAAAGUGUUAUCUGUAUUAAUUGCUUUAAUAUUUGGGAUGGUAAGCACGAACGAUGCAACAAGAACCGACUGUCUAGGAUAGUUUUCGACGAGAAGCUUGCUAAACAAAAUUGUCGAACAACGAUGGAAGUUAUGGAUAUGAGUACCGAGUACGAUCUGGCAAAAAUUUGCCGUUCCUGCCGGAAGGAUAAUCCAGAGAUGAAUUCUAUAUUCCAUUCGUUCGGAUGUGGAGGGGAAAUAACGCUGCAUGAAAUGCUUACGAGUUGCACCCAAAUUCAGAUCCACUAUAACGAUGGCAUGCCGCACAAUCUGUGUGGUGUCUGCGUGGCAGAACUUAACAGUGCUUAUAAUUUUCGAAAGCGCUACGAACAGAGCGAUCUAAUGCUCCGGGAGUACAUUUCCCGACGGAAGAUGGAAAUCAGCGAUGAAGCAGACGAUAACGCCAGCGUAAUCAAAGUGGAAAUAUUUGAUAUUAAGCCGGAUAUUACCUUCAUAGAUGCCGAUCCGUUGAUCGGCGAAAAAGGCUGUAUAGCUACGAUAAAAAAAGUAGUUGCAGCGGAAAGGUCGGAUUUGAAAGACCAGAAGCACAUUGAUGAUUUGAUUGAAGAAAUUAACGACGAAGAUGAUUACGGUGAAUCCGAUGCAAUGGUUGCCGAAAUCGUAGACAAUAGUGACGGAUGUGAGGCGGACAGCGACUACGACGAGGAUAGUUUGGAUGAUCUGAUUGAGGAACUGGAAGAUCCGCAUCCGGAACGAAGACAAACUCGGUCCACACCGGGCAAAGGUUACUCGCGGAUUAAGGGAGCAAAAUUUGCAUGCGACUCCUGUGAGCGAGUGUUUACCGAUAAGCGCGGUAUUACGAAUCAUGUGAAGCAGCACGUUCCGAAAGAGCUGCGGCAGUGUACCGUUUGUGACCGUGGAUUUUCGACUAGCUAUCACCUGGGACGACACAUGAAGAGCCACGAAAAUGAUGUGCAGUGUCAAUUCUGCGAGCGAAAGUUUCCCUCCAUCGCUUACCAGGAUUAUAAGGAACAUAUGGCGGCCGAACAUCCGGGGAAGGAAAUUCUUCCGCCAAAAAAAAGUGAAAAACUGGAGCGUGAACGUGGGCUAAAGCUGACUGUAGAAAUGUUUGAGGAGAAGGAAAAAAUGGAAGCCAUUUGUCGGAUCUGCGAUAUCACUUUUGAUCGGAUAGUGGAGUUAAGAAAUCAUUUGAAGAUUCACGCUGACCCGAAAUCAUUUUCUGAUGUUAACAUUCAAACAAAACCGUAUCUGUUUGAGGAGGGCUAUGUUCUAGAGAACUACAUUGACUAUCUCGUGCAGCAGGUCUGCAAAUGGGACGUGCUCCGAUUCUACCAGAUCGUUCAGCCAGAUGGUGAAGAACUAGAGUUGAGUGAUUCCGAUUCGGAACCGGAAGAAGGCACCACUGCGACGCUUGAUGGUGUUGUACGCAGAACGCACAUAUGUGCCCUGUGCAAUCAAAGUUUUCCACGAAUAAGCUCUAUAAUGGAACAUGCCAGGGAUCGGCAUUCGACAGAGGAACUGCUAGCAUGUCGGCAUUGUACUCGUGGUUUCCCAAACACUGCGCUGUUGUUGCGUCAUUUGAAGCAGCAAUGCGAAAAUCACCAUAAAAAGUUUUUCUGCACCUUUUGCAAUGAAAAAUUCAUGUGGCAAACCAGUCUGAACAAGCACGCUCAACGGAAGCACAAACCCACGAAACCGUUACGGGAAGUUGCGGAAGAUCCAAACGACUUGGAGGGCAACAAAGACAAACAGCAUGUCUGUCAAGUGUGCAACAAGGGCUUCCAGCGGCUGGAACACCUGGAUCGUCACAUAAAGAUCCACAUUCCGUCGGAGAAAAAGUUCGAAUGUACUCAGUGCCAUAAGAAGUUCAACCGUAAGGACAAUCUGCGAUCUCACAUGAAAAUCCACAGGAAGGAUCCGCAGCUGGAUAACAAGCAGAACCAUCUGUGCGUGUACUGCGGCCGGGGUUUCUCCAAUUCUUCGAACUUGAUAGUGCACAUGCGAAGGCACACCGGCGAGCGGCCGUACAAGUGUGAUAUUUGCGAUAAGGGUUUUCCGCGAUCAUCUGACUUGCAGUGCCAUCGCAGGACACAUACUGGAGAAAAACCUUGCCUUUGCACCAUUUGCGGAAAAGGAUUCUCCCGAUCUAACAAACUGGUUCGUCACAUGAGAAUUCACACUGGGGCAAGGCCCUACAUGUGCACGUACUGCGAUCGUGCAUUUACUCAAUCGAACGAUCUUACUCUGCACAUCCGCCGCCACACCGGCGAAAAACCGUACGUUUGCGGUGUAUGCAACGAACGUUUCAUACAGGGUACCGCUCUGAAGGCUCAUCAACGGGUAACCGGGCACUUCGACGACGGUAGCAACCAGCCGGAGCGCUUCGCCAGCAUCAGCGUAAACAAUCCCAAUCGACUUGGCGUUAACGGACCGAAUGCUGUGCGACAAAGUGCUUCCUCCACGACGGAUGGUUCCCCAAAGCCGGUUAAGGUCGUCAAGUCACGGAAGAAGGCUAAUCCCCGGUCGGCCCAAACGCAGCAAGUGGCCGCGAUUUCCACGGCUGAAACUCCUCCUCCACCGGCGCCGCUGUUGGCCACUACACCGGCUGCUGGGUCAGCUUCCACGUCACCGCUCGGAGGUGACGGCAGUCGAUCACAUUUGCAGAAUCUCGCAACCACCGCUCCACCACAUAAUUACGUUCCGGUGCCCUACCUUAUGCAGAGCUAUGACCUCGGGACGUCCGGAUUGUUUUCGCACAAUUUCCCUCAGCAGUAG